GUACAUGGAUCUGGUAGUUUAUCUCCUGGAUAAAAUUUUAACCGUAAGAUAACUGGACGUGAAGAAAUUGGGCUUAGGGCUAUGAAAACUUUGCACUCUCUGAUCGCGUUCGAAAAUCACCUAAAACCAGACCGUGACCGUGUCGAGCUCUUUAGCCUUCUCUCUGGUUUAGCUAAAGUUUGAUGUUAUAUACAAUUUCAAUUUUCAUACAGUAUAAUUUCAUAGAAAGAUAAAAAAAUUACCUUUUAAGGCUAUGAUGAAGAAUGAUAAAAUAUUACAUAAUGUAAAAGAGCAAAAUUCGCAGACAGUUUAUGAAAAUAGUAUAUCUGAUGUAGGACCAAUGAUACAACCUGAAAAUCGUCCAGCAUUUCUUACAGUAUUAACAUUCGCGUGCGAAGCCUUAAUAGCAUGUGCAAGACAACUCGAUAUAAUGGAUGAAGAAUGCGGUGAUGGAAAUUAUGGAACCCUACUUGCGUAUAGUGCUAAUGCUAUAAAAUUAGCAAUUAAGGAAGGACAAAUUUUAGCAACAAGACCUGCUACAACAUUCAUGCAAAUAAGCUAUAUUAUUGAAAAAGAAACAACUGGCUUAGAAGGUGGAAUGUACUCAUUAUUUUUUGAUACUGUUGCAAAAAGCUUUUUUAAGUUUCGAAAUGAUGAACAAAUAAAUACCAAUAUGUGGUUAACUGCUCUAACGUCUGCAAACAAGAUGAUAUCUGAAGUUAGUGGAACAUUAGUUGGCGACCGAACUAUGUUAGAUGCUUUGGUACCUGCUGAAAAUAAAUUAAGAGACACAUUAAAUUCUGGCUCAAGUCCUGUCAGUGCAUUUGGGGAAGCUGUCAAAGCUGCUGAAACUUUUGCAAUGCAAACUGUGAAUAUGCCGGGAUUUUGUUCUACAAAUUGCAAGAUGUUGAAAUAUCCUGAUCCUGGAGCACAUGCCGUGGGCAUAUGGAUGAGAGCUGCUUAUGAAGGUGUCAAAUUGAAAUUUGGUCAUGAAUUCCAUGUAAGACUCAGAAAAACGUACUAUUUUUCAAAAGCAAUGAAUGCUGUAAUUGCACUGUGCACCUUCUGUGAAAUGCAUGGACCCAAAGUGAUAUUUACCACGCAAACAUAUCGCAACUAUGAUAUGCAGAAUACAGAAAAAUUAAAAUUUUAUGGACCAAAAGAAGUGUUGAGACAAGGUGAAAUUUCCUUUGAGGAUGGCCAAGAUGAAUGUGAGGGCUGUCAAAGCAUUGGAAAUGUUAAAUAUUUAAGUAAUGAACAUGAAACAAGAACAUCUUUCUUGUCUGCUCAACAUUCAUUAAUGCAAGAUAUUGGAAAUUUGUUAAAACAUGCUUGUGUUAGGAGUCUAAGUUGCGAAGUACACCCUGGUAAAGAAGGUGUUUGCUAUUUUGGAGAUGAGUACAGGGGGCAUGUUUUAAGUCAUACUUUUACAUUGAAAGAUGCCCAGGCACGAGGUUUUAGAAGAUGGUGCAGUUUUAUUGUUUUCAUGAGAGACAAGCAAUUCUUGUUGAACAUGUGGCCAUUUUUGAUUGAUAAUUUAAAAGAGGUAAUUAGAGAAUUGCAAGAUUUUGCUGAGAAACGAUAUAAUGCAGAGGAAGCGGAAUGUCCGCAAAGGGCAAUGAGAUUGACGACAGCAAACAGCGGAAUGAGAUGUCAUAGUACUUCCAUUAAACAGUCUAGAACACUUAUUGAUAUAACAAAUGAAAAACAUGUUUUUGUGAGAAUUCAUAUGUGGUUAGUAUGGAUCCUCAGUGCUGGGGCGAGGCACUUUAUAGAAAUUUUCCCAAUGAGUUUAUUAGAUGACGAACUUAAUUAUACUUUUGAACAUCAAAUUGAAACUGAAGAAGGCUUUACUUUAGUGAACGCAAAAUUACCAGUAAAUUUUAAUUUUAAUUGGGAUGACUCUGAGCUUUUGCCAGAAUUUUCUGAAGUUGCGGAAAAAUCUACCGCUGUAAUUUUACGAAAUUUAAAACGAGUACUAGGGAAAGAUCAGUUUAGACAGUUGCUGUAUUCCUGUUUAACUGGUAUUCAAGUCUUGGUCAGAGGUCCAAAGAUUCAAAGAUUGGAAUCUUUAUAUGGACUCAGCAGUCUUGUUCCAAGAGCGUGUCGACGGGUAAAAAUACAAACGUUGGAAUACAUGGAUCCUGAUGCAUGUAACUUUAUUGCUGUAGACACUUCAGUAGCAGUUCCUUUACCUUGUGCCACUGUAUGCAGACUAGAUAUAAUACUCAACGAACACAAGGUUGGGAAUGCAAAAUCCCAUAUAGUAAAAUGGACCGGUACUUUACCAUUGAAACUUCCGACCUUGCUAUUAAAAAUUGAAAAAUCACUUGACAAUGAAAAACUUGGAAACUCUGUUCUUAAAGCACACUUUGCGACUCUUCAAGAAGAAUGGGCUAAUAUUGCAAAAGUUAUUCACGCGAUGCAUGGACGAGGCCAUCGUGGUGAUCUUUCUGGACUUAUGCUCAGUUUGGGCGCUGGAUCUCAGGACAAAAAAUUAUUGGAUGCAUGGUCUAUGGGAUUACCAUCUAAUCCAGCAUAAUUUAUUAAAGAUUAAUUUGUUUUAUUGUACACAUUUUAGUAUAUCGGUGGAUGUAAUAUUUAUUGUAAAUUAUGUGUAUAUGUAUAUUUUUAACUCCAAUUCCUCGCGUUUGCUCGAGAGGAAUGCUUACUGUGUGUUCAAGGUUGUGUUUUUUUAUUUAUAAUUCAGUCAAAAGCAAACUGUGUAUGUGAAUUAAUAACUGAAUUUAUUAAGUACAAACAUUGAUAAUAAAUAUGUAUUUUGUUUCAUCAAAUUUUAAAAUGGAUGUAUAAUUUGUGAACGUUAGUAAUUCUCAUGGUAACUGUGUUUGAUGGCAAUUUUUAAUUGUACUUUUAAGUUAUAUAUGUUUUCAAUUUCUUUAUAAAAUAAAAAAUCUGUAGAUAUAA